CGUUUUAGUCGUUGGGCUUUUUUUUUGUUUUGUUUUGAAUCAUUCUUGGGGUUGAAAACGUAGAGACUGUGGUUUAGAUCACUCAUAGAAACUGGAGGCAAAAUGCAUGACAGUAACAAUGUGGAGAAAGACAUUACACCAUCUGAAUUGCCUGCAAACCCAGGUUGUCUGCAUUCAAAAGAGCAUUCUAUUAAAGCUACCUUAAUUUGGCGCUUAUUUUUCUUAAUCAUGUUUCUGACAAUCAUAGUGUGUGGAAUGGUUGCUGCUUUAAGCGCAAUAAGAGCUAACUGCCAUCAAGAGCCAUCAGUAUGUCUUCAAGCUGCAUGCCCAGAAAGCUGGAUUGGUUUUCAAAGAAAGUGUUUCUAUUUUUCUGAUGACACCAAGAACUGGACAUCAAGUCAGAGGUUUUGUGACUCACAAGAUGCUGCUCUUGCUCAGGUUGAAAGCUUCCAGGAACUGAAUUUCCUGUUGAGAUAUAAAGGCCCAUCUGAUCACUGGAUUGGGCUGAGCAGAGAACAAGGCCAACCAUGGAAAUGGAUAAAUGGUACUGAAUGGACAAGACAGCACCCUAAAUCCAGCUUACCAGAUCUCUGAAGUGGAAAUGCGAGUUCUAACGGGGGAGUCCGAACAGUUUUGAUGUCAGCGUAGACUACAUCUCCAGCCAUUGCACAGACCAAAAAGAGAGAGAAGACCACAAAUGAUGUCCCACUGAAGGGACAAUCAUAUUUCUGCAAAGAAACUUCUGGUAAGUUAAGUAAAUUGAGAUGGCAAAUUUCCUUCUGCUCCCCAAGUGGGUGGUGGACUUCCUCCAUGAAUAAAUGACAAAACCAAUGCGUUCAGUCUUACUAAUCAAGGUAGCAGAUUUCUCGAAUACUUGUAUGACAUGGAAGAAAUUACUAACCAUACAGUAGGUUCUCGUUUUUCAGUUAGUUUUCUGCCUAAACUUGAAAUGCUUUUAACUUUUAUUAAUACCACAGAAGAUAUCUCACCAUUUUCUCCUGUAGGCCACUUCCUCUUUUAGUUCAGGCAUAUAUUCUCUGGCGGAAACUCUGAAUUUCCAGCAUCUUCUCCAAAGUAGGAUAGCUAUUUGGGAAACAGAACAAGAAAAAGAAGGGAUUUUAUUAUGAAAGUUACAGAAAGGGGCCCUAUGUCUUUUAUCCUCCUCUCUAAAUGCAUUGUAUUGUCUAGAUAAUACCUUAAAAAUUCUGAAAGCUAUUUGCUUUCCUGUAUGCUUUAUAAUAUUAACAUUAAACUGAGGUAAAACAUGAAUUAUGCAGAGGACUUCUGAACUAAAAAAUAUAUAUUUAAGAAACAGAAAUAACUCUGUUAAAAUAAUUCAAGGUAAUGACAUAAAAGAAAAAAAACUAAUUUUAAAAUGAGGUGUUCAGAAAUUUACCAUCGAAUACAACAUAGCAAACAUAGAUUUUAUCUCCUAUUUCUUCUAAAAUUCCACUAAAAUUGAAUUAAGUGAAUAAAAAUUUGUUAGUCUAAAACAAUAACACAGAGGCUCAGGGUCCUAUUAGUUGAUGAAAAAUUUCAACUAAUUCCUGGAAAAUGGAGAGUAGAUGGAGAUGUGAUCAUUGAUGAAGAAGUAAAAUCAGAGAAAAAUGCAGCCAACACCAUACAGAGGGAAAUAAUGGAGGAGAGCCUAGCUACCUGUGAAACUGUCAUAGGACAUAGAAAUGUCAGAUAUGAAAAAUGGCAGGAUCCAUUAGCUUAUGACUAGUAGAUUAACUGGAAAUCUGCAUAUGGAAAAACUGGUUUUUUCAAUACCCACUCAAGUGCAUUCUGCAGAAUUAAUCUAAACUGCAGUCACUCCAUCCCUACCCCUCAUCCAAGAAAUUUAACUUAGGUUAAUUAAAUAACUAGAGAACAGAUCCUGGCUUUGUGGCAUUUAGGGAUCCCUCGUAUAAAGACCAACUUCUGACCCUGGAUGAGGCUUGAGCACCGACCUCUGUCUCUUAAGACUGCAUGACACUCUCUCCCUUUUCUGGGCUGUUCCAACUGUUUGUAUGUGACUAGACAAUACCUACUACAUACAUGAAAAACUGACUUUUAGAGGUUUUAUUAUCUGCAGGUGGUUGCAUAACCAAUAAUUUUUUUUUUUUUUUUUUUGAGACGGAGUCUCACUCUGUCACCCAGGCUGGAGUGCAGUGGCGCGAUCUCGCCUCACUGCAAGCUCUGCCUCCCGGGUUCAUGCCAUUCUCCUGCCUCAGCCUCCCGAGUAGCUGGGACUACAGGCGACCGCCACCACGCCCGGCUAAUAUUUUGUAUUUUUAGUAGAGACGAGUUUCACCGUGGUCUCGAUCUCCUGACCUCGUGAUCUGCCCGCCUCAGCCUCCCAAAGGCAUAACCAGUACAUUUUAAGAGUGAUAACUGAGUUCUAAGUCCAUGCCAUAAUUCAAUUAUGCUGUCUAGAUUUUGAGGGUAAGACUCACAUUUUAUUAUUUUUAUUUUCAUCACUUAGUUUUGUGUGAAACAUAACAGCCGCUCAGUAAUUAUGUGUUGAAUUACCAAAUCAGUUAUGCUAUGCUGAAUGUUAUAAUUAGGCUAUAACAGUUUUCCAGAAUGAGAAUAAUCAUUUUUCACUAAAAAGUAGACUUUUAUUCAUAUGAAAAAUAUGACUGAUGGGCCAGGUGCCCUGGCUCAUGCCUGUAAUCCCAGCACUUUGGGAGGCCGAGACGGGCGGAUCAUGAAGUCAGGAGCUCGAGACCAGCCUGGCCAACAUAGUGAAACCCCAUAUCUGCUAAAAAUAUAAAAAAUUAGUCGGGCGUGGUGGCGCACGCCUGUAAUCCCAGCUACCUGGGAGGCUGAGGCAGAAGAAUGGGUUGAACUUAGGAGGCAGAGGUUGCAGUGAGCUGAGGUCGUGCCAUUGCACUCCAGCCCUGGAGACAGUGCAAGACUCCGUCUCAAAAAAGAAAAAUAUGACUGAUGAUCUAGUCAUAUAAAAGUAAAAAAAUUACUAGCAUGUAGAGUAUUAAAAGAGUGUUAAAAAAUUAGGGUAAGUAUGUCAAUUUCUGCCAUGAAAAAGGCAGAUGGGAUUCAGCAGAUCAAUUUUGGGAAUAUUGCAAACUGAGUAAUAUUCAUUUUUUCAAUCCAUAAAUACAGAAUCUCUCCUUUAUUUAGAUAUUCCUUAAUCUAUUUCAGAAAUGGUUUGCAUUGUUCACAGAAUAACUCUUCCACUUCUGUUAUUAAACUUAUUCUUUAUUUUAUUAUUUUUGAUGUUAUUGUAAACAAAGAUUUUUCUAAAUUUCGUUUUUGGAUUGUUCAUUGCUAGUCUGUAAAAGCACUACUACUAUUUUAUAUUGAUUUUUAUCCUGUAAUCUUGCUGAACUUGUUUAUUACCUCUAAUUUUUAUUGCUGUUGUGAAUGUUUUAGGAUGACAUGAUAUGCAAGAUCAUGUUAUCUGCAAAUAAAGACAGUUUCACUUCU